AUGGAUGUCUCCGGGACAACCUCUACUCCUUUACCUAUAAAUCUCAAGUUACUUGUUGAUGAGGGUGAUUUCUACCCUGAUCCUGCUCUAUAUAGGUCACAAGGUGGGAAAUUAAAUUUUGUGACUCAUACUCGACCAGAUCUCUCUUUUUCAGUACAAACACUAAGCCAAUUUAUGCACCAGCUAAGAAUACCUCAUAUGAAUGCCUUGCAUCAUGUGUUAAGAUGUUCUGUAACUAGUUACAUUGUUCUGCUUGGUGGUUCUCCCAUAUCUUGGAAAUCCAAGAAGCAAGGGACUAUUUCUAAAUAA